GAGAGAGAGAGAGAGAAAUAAGAAGUAAGAACCCGCGGCCCCCUCGCCCUCUCUCUCUCUAUCUCUUUGUGUCUCGUCUCGCAUCACAUAGAAUCCCCUGUUUCGUCUUUGCCUCCGUAUCGUGUGUUCCCUUUUUGAGCAAAGAACAUUCACAUCAGCACACCCAAUUUCGCGAUCUUUAGAUAAGGAAAAACUAUUCUAUCGACCGUCCUCCUCGCGCAGCGCCGCAAUUCCCCCCCUUUUGACUCGGGUGAAAUUUUCCAGGGAAAUCACUGAUUGGAAUUAGGGCUUUAGGUUUCAGCUCCGAGGCCGUCUCUUUGAUGAGCUCAACAUUUUGACUCUUCUGCUGCUCCGGUGAAGCCGAGCAACUUGUUGACGAGAAGAUGUUUCCGAAUCAGCACUGCUCUCGAAUCGACACCUUUGAGUUGAAAGCUCAGAUCGUCAAAAAGAUCGGGCACCAAAGAGCAGAGAAGUACUUCAAUCACCUUAAGAGACUCUUCAGUUCCAAGAUUACCAAGUCAGAGUUUGAUAAACUAUGUGUCCGUACGAUCGGGAGGGAAACGAUUCCCCUCCACAAUCAGCUCAUUCGGUCCAUACUGAGAAAUGCCUGCAUUGCUAAGGAUCCCCCCUAUAAAAAGCUUGAAGGGGGGAAGAUCCUCGCAAAAGACUCUAAUGUGCAUCAGAGGAGCAGCCUCAAGUCUUUGUAUGGGGACGCAUUCCCCUCAUCUCCUCGUAAAGGGAGGUCUCCGGUCUGUCGGGACCGGAAAUUCAAGGACCGUCCAAGCCCUCUCGGACCACUGGGGAAACCCCAGAGCAUGACAUCAGAAGAAUUGGCUGCUUCGAAGCAGCAAAGUGCAACGGAGUUGCUUUCUCUUGGAAGCAGGCCGCCAAUUGAAGUUGCUUCGGUCGAGGAUGGGGAAGAGGUUGAACAAAUUGCAGGAAGCCCCGGAGUUCAGAGCCGAAGCCCUGUCACUGCACCCCUUGGCGUCUUAGUAAAUCUCGGUGGGCCCCACAAGACUACCCCUAGCACUUCUCUCAUCGGUAAUUCUUCCCAUGGAGAGAUAUGUCAGAACAGUGGCUUCCUAUCCAAUACUCAAUCACUCAGAAGUUUGUUGAUGCAUAAGUUGGACAACGAAGGUCUCAAAGUCUCUCUCGACUGCGUGAAUCUGUUGAACAACGGAUUGGAUUCCUACCUGAAGAGGUUGAUUGAGCCGUGUCUCAGUUUUGCUCGGUCAAGGCAGGAAAACAACCGGUCAAAGCAAAUAAACUUUCAGGCUGGAUCCAGCACUAAUCGGCUUGUACCAGCAGUACCGGACUAUGUUCAUGCAUCCACUUUGGAUUUCCGGGCAGCAAUGGAGAUGAACCCUCAGAUUCUUGGGCAGUAUUGGUCCACACACCUCGAGAGAAUCUGUUCUCGUACUUUAGAUGGAUAGAAUUGUACAAUAGUCAGCAAGCAAGCGAGAAGAGUUUCUUUCUUAGUACCGCAGCAUCAAGAUUUUGCUGAAAAUGAGCAACGAAAAGAAUAAUCUUUGAAGCUGCAGAGAGAUUAACAGUGAAGCUGGCAGGCAGCUUUACAAAUCGGCGGCUGGUGAUUGUUUAAGGGGGACAUGUUCAUACAGUUAAAGUGUAAGCUUCUAAGUUAUUAUUUAGAAUCUAACCACUAGGUUCUUUUUUACCAUUCUUCUGAGCAAGCAUCUCUUUGCGAUUUUAGCCCUUCCCCCUUCACCUCCCUCAUUUGGUGUAUGAACUUUGAAGUUUUGCAAAUAAAGAAUUACAUAGAGAGGUAUUACAAGUUA